AUGACAGAUCGGCGACGGUGUGUUCAGUCAUCAAAUUCAGACAUGGCGUCGCAGCUCCAGGUGUUCUCCUCUCCCUCUGUGUCCUCCAGUGCCUACUCUCGUUCAAAGAGGCUCAAAGUGGAGAACCCUACAUGGGAUGUGUCCAACCAGCUAGGAGAUAAUGGUUACUACCAGCAGAGCCCCACCCAGGGAACUGCACCCUCCACUUCUGGCUCCAACUUCAACCCAGUGUACAACUCCAACCAGGUGCAACCGCCGACAGCCGGCUCCCGGGAGCAGACAGUGGUGCGGGCAGCAGACAGCACAGGUAGCCUUCGUGGACCUCCCUCCUCCUCUUCGUCCUCCUCUUCCAGCCGUCGUGUGAAGGAUGCCGAGUCCUCCUCCCAGCCGUGCGACCUGUAUCACAAGCAGUACAGCUUGAAGCGGAAGAGCGAGGAGGUGGACAGCAGCGACAGCGUCCAGAUACUGGAGGAGCUCUCAGCGCCUGUGGUCUCAAACCGCACUGGUGGUGGAGGGGGAACCACCACAGCUCAGUCCAUAGCACAUUCCACUUCUACCACAAAGAGCAGCAACUCCCACAGCGAGGGCGACUACCAGCUGGUCCAGCAUGAGAUUCUGUGCUCGAUGUCCAACAGCUACGAGGUUCUCGAGUUCCUGGGACGCGGCACCUUUGGCCAGGUGGCAAAAUGCUGGAAGCGGGGCACAAACGAGAUUGUGGCAAUUAAAAUCUUGAAGAACCAUCCUUCUUAUGCUCGGCAAGGUCAAAUUGAAGUGAGCAUCCUUAGCAGGCUGAGCACAGAGAACGCCGAUGAGUUCAACUUUGUCCGCUCAUACGAGUGUUUCCAGCACAAGAACCACACGUGCCUUGUGUUUGAGAUGCUGGAGCAGAACCUUUACGACUUCCUGAAGCACAGCAAGUUCAGCCCGCUGCUGCUCAAGUGUAUACGACCUAUUCUGCAGCAGGUCGCCACAGCACUGAUGAAGCUGAAAAGCCUGGGACUGAUCCACGCCGACCUGAAGCCUGAAAACAUCAUGUUAGUAGAUCCUCUGAGGCAGCCGUACCGAGUGAAAGUCAUUGAUUUCGGCUCUGCCAGCCACGUGUCCAAAGCAGUUUGCUCCACCUAUCUGCAGUCACGGUACUACAGAGCUCCGGAGAUCAUUCUGGGACUUCCUUUCUGUGAAGCGAUCGACAUGUGGUCUUUGGGAUGUGUCAUUGCUGAGCUGUUCUUGGGAUGGCCCCUUUAUCCUGGUGCCUCAGAGUAUGACCAGAUUCGUUACAUUUCACAGACCCAGGGACUUCCAGCAGAGUACCUGCUGAGUGCAGGAACCAAGACCAGCCGUUUUUUCAACAGAGGCCCUGACUCGAGCUACCCCCUCUGGAGACUCAAAACACCUGCAGAGCAUGAGGCGGAGAUGGGCAUCAAGUCAAAGGAGGCAAGAAAAUACAUCUUCAACUGUCUAGAUGAUAUGAUGCAGGUGAACAUGACGAAUCUGGAGGGGACUGACAUCUUGGCAGAGAAGGCAGACAGGCGGGAGUUCAUAGACCUGCUAAAGAAGAUGUUGACACUAGAUGCGGACAAAAGGAUCACGCCCAUGAAGACACUGAACCACCCCUUUGUUACCAUGACUCACCUGCUGCACUUCCCUCACAGCUCACAUGUGAAGUCCUGCUUCCAAAAUAUGGAUAUAUGCAAACGCAGAUGCAGCGCCUUUGAGAACGGAAAAAAUAUGUUUGCUAGCAACAAUACCCCAAGUGCAGCCACCAACCUCACUGUCACCUUCAGUAGCCAACUAAACCAGCACAAUCAGAUGGCCUCUGCAGGAGGCCAGUCCCUGUCCCUAAGCAGUAAUGUCCCAUUGCUGAACUACCAGCCUGGCCUCUACCAGCAGGCCACCAUAAACAUCCCUGGCUUAACCCAGCAGGGUGUACCCCUGCAGACCAGACCCACCCAGCUCUGCACCCAGACUGAGCCCUUCCAGCAAACACUCAUAGUUUGCCCCCCCACCAUCCAGGGUCUUCAAACAUCCAAUAAGACCUCUGGUUAUCCAGUGAGAAUGGACAACUCAGUACCCUUAGUUCCUCAGAACCAGUCAUCCCAGUCCCUUCACAUCCAGCCCAGCAUGCUGGCACAGCAAGGUUGGCCAGCAGGCACACAGCAGAUCCUCAUCCCUUCCACGUGGCAGCAGAUGCCAGGCAUGGCCAUCCACAACCCUGGGCAGGCUGUAGUGCCCGACUCACCCGUGGGAGCCUCUGUCUCCGACAGUCAAGCCUCUGGCUGGAGGGGUCGUCAUGGAAGCCAGUAUGAUGGCGUCAGCCAGCAGGACUCUGGUGUUGGCCGUCACGCUGCCUCCCAAAGCCACAACUCGGGGGCAGCACAGUCAAGAGCCCAACAGGGCAAGAGGUCAAAGGCUCGACAUGCUGAGAGCAGAGCCAGGCCUGUAUCGUCAGUGCUGUCUGCCACCACUGUGGUCCAAAACACUCCAGCUUUUGCUGGUGACCAGUCUCAACCCAUCAUCAUCUCUGACACACCUAGUCCUGCUGUCAGCAUCAUCACCAUCCACAGCGACUCUGAAGAUGAGGAUGACAGGAAGUUCCCUGCAUCCUGCUCUGGAACUAGCCAAAGGACCAACGUGAUCAGCUGUGUGACGGUACAUGACUCCCAUGACUCUGACUCCUCCACCAGCAGCCCCCUGAGCCCCAAGACCACAUCACAGCCCACCAAGUCUCUGGCCAUCAUAAUGCCCUCUGUGAAGAGCCAGCCAGGGGAGAGCACAACCCAUAAGGCUCCAGCAGCUUCAGAUCAAGCUACAAGUGGCUCUGGAAAGUCAAAGAAGAGUUCAACUCAGCAGUCCAGUCGCCCAGGAGAUCCCAACACUGAUCGCAAUCAACGGGCUGCAUCUAGCAGAUCUCAGCCUCUUAACCUGAGUCAGGUACAGCAGUCUGUGCUGUCAUCAUCCCAGGACCAAACAGGAAGUAGUAGUUCCCUGAGGCGGCAGCCCACAUACCCACCUCCCGUCACCUCUCACUCAUCCUACAAUGCCAUCUUCAGCUCAACCCCAAACCUGUACGCUUACCCGGCAUCUGCUGCCCUGGCCUCUGUGUCCCAAGCUGUCGACCAGAUGCAAGGUGGCUCGUCCCGCCACAGCAGGGCGAGCGGCACUUACUCUUCCCUGGCACUGCUCCAGAAGAACGGCAGCCUGGCACUGGGAGGGCCUGCUCCGGGACAAUAUGGCAACCACCCCCAACAACAGCAGCAGCAGCAGCAGCUGGGAGGGCAGCCUUUCCACCACUCCAGUGCUACCUACCAGCGAAAACUCAACCAGUAUCCCUACCUGUAAAGACCGAUGGCUGAUUGAGACUGUAGCUCUGCAUGAAGCCCAAAUGGAGACCGAAACUAGAGGGGAGCACAAGCUCAUCACAGGUGGCUGUGAUUACAUUCGUUUUCAACUCAACUUUUAACUUUCCUUUACUGUCCAAUCCAUAUUUCAUAAUAAUCAGAGAAACAGAAUGUGUUUAUAUUUUAAUCAUGGUCCAUUUUUUUUUUUUUUUUAUAAAUUCCAACUUUGGGGGUGGUUGCAUUACAUAUGGUAUGUAAACGACAACAAACAGUGCAGUCUGUAAGUAUCUAAACAGUAACAUUUCUGUUGGCACUGUACUACACAUUGUAAAAUUAAAUAAUAAGUAUGAGGUUAAAGUGCCAACUUUCACCUUUAUUUUAGGGGGUUUACAUCCAUGUUAGUUCUGACUGAUCGAUCUUAUUUUCAUCAUUAUCAAGCGAUCAAUAAGAAAACUUUUUAUUUGGGGACGGAUUCCAAAAUCAGGUAUUAAAAUGGUCCCAAGGGCUAAAGACAGUAGUAUUUAUCCUCUUUCCUGCUCUGUGUGAGGGGUGAGCUCCUACACACAGAUUACUGUAAGUGCAAUAAAACCUUCACAAAGUUAAAAAAGCCAAUACUUCAUCAAUACUAGUAAUAGCUUAUAAUAUAUAAUAUAUAAUUAAUACUAAUAGCUGUUUUAAGUCAGCAGUCUGUCAUCCUCUGUCACUGGGUUUUACACGAGCACAGUGUGCUAGCUCAGCUUAUAUGGAAUUGUUACUAAAACUAAGACGAAAGCUGACUGUAGUCUGUUUAGCAGAGUUCUCCCUGUGCGUUAAAAUUUGAUAAAGUCUUGUAAACCUAACUGCUGGCUGAGACAAACCAGCCCCUCCUGACAGGAGGAGUCACAGUAGCAAAGGACAGGAGGAAGGACUGAUGUUUUUUUUUUUUUUUUUUCUUAACUUCACUCAGUAUUUUGAUGUCAGGAAUGUGAUUUAUUUUACGGACUAUAUAUAUAUAUAUA